CCGCCUGAGACGGGCGCGGGGCGGCCAUGCAGUCCUCGCUGCCUUAGCUGAGCGCGGCGCUCGGGCCGGAGCCCGCGGCCACCCCCCGGCGGCACCGGCACCAUGAGGAACGGCGAUGACCUGGAGGGCUUCGACGGCGAGGCGUCCAGCGCCUCCAUGAUCUCGGCGGCCAGCAGCCCCUACCAGCCCACCACGGAGCCCGUCAGCCAGCGCCGCGGGCUGGGCGGCUUGCGCUGCGACCUGGACUACCUGCGGGGCACCUUGGGCAGGCUGAAGCUGGCCGAGGUGCUUUUGGCACUGACUGCGUUCAUCUGCAUAGAGACCAUCAUGGAAUGCUCCCCUUGCGAAGGCCUUUAUUUCUUUGAGUUUGUGAGCUGCAGUGCACUGGUGGUCACCGGUGCUCUCCUGCUUUUGUUCAGUCUGAACCUUCACACAAGAAUACCCCAGAUCAACUGGAAUCUUACUGAUCUGGUCAACACUGGACUCAGCACUUUCUUCUUUUUCAUUGCCUCUGUAGUACUUGCUGCUUUAAACCAUAAAACUGGAGCAGAAAUUGCUGCUGUGGUGUUUGGUUUCCUGGCAAUGGCAGUGUAUGCUGUGAACACGUUUUUAGCAAUUAAGAAGUGGCGAAUGAGCAGCAGGCAGCAGAGCAGCCGCCAGACCAGCGACUACAUCCGCGCUCGGACAGAGUCCAGGGAGGUCGUGCAUCGCCCGGAGAUCCAGCGCCUGGACGCGUGACACUGACCCUCAGAUGGGACUGAAAGGGAAAAGAAGCACUCAACUCCCUCAUGGAAUAAGGGUUUUUGCUUUAUUUAAGGAGGAAAAGGCAGAUCCGAGGGUGGCGAAGGAUGCCCAGCCCUGCACAUGAGUGCAGAGAUGCAUUGAGCCAGAAGCUGUUGUCACGGAGGCAGAAAAUGUUGGUCAUUCAAAAGGAAGGUCCCUCCAAGCUCUCCACAUAUAUAUGUGCAUAUAUUAUAUAGCUCAUAGAAUAUAUAGUAUAUAACAUAUAUAUGUGCUGAAGUACGUUUCUGUUUUGGAUAACUGCACAGUAGUUUCCUUCCCCCUCUGAAGAUCCACUGUUCCUUCAUCUGCCCCAAAGACAGAGCAGCCCUACCCUGGCUGGGUGACAGAGGAGGGAAAUGCACAGGUGGAACACCCAGAUGUGCCAAGGAGCCAGGGGCACACAGCAAUAACUCAGCCACGGCCCGUGUCAGCCAGCGGGGUCUGUCCAUCCCAAACUGUGUCUGUCUGUCCUCCUGCUCCCUCCUGCCCUGCAGCCUCUGGCACACCUGCCUGGCUGCUGGAUAACCAUUCCAUUCCACGUGUUCUCAUGGAUGCAGUGUGCUGGGAAAGGGCCACCGGCCAGCUCUGAACUGGGCUGGGGCUGGGGUGGUCACUGGUGGGGGUGCACUGAGUGUGAAUAGGUGGUUGUCUGCUCAUGUUGGGACACAUUCCAGUUGUCAGUCCAAAGUGGGAAAAUAAAUAUAUUUAGGAGACAGGGUGGAGGAAAGGGGCUUGAGGGGCACAGUAAGAGAGUGAAGGGGUUGUCAUCCUAUAGACUUACAUUCCAGCCGUGGCUUUCUUUUUCUUUUUCUUUUUUUUUUUCCUUUUUUCUUUUUUUUUUAAGGUUCAACAUUUCUAGAAAUUGUUGCUAGAACUUGCUUUCCCUCCAAGCCCAGGGUAAGGAAGAGCUAGCAAAAAUUUAUGUGCUUUUAAAGUGUUCCUAAGGUUGCAAUGUUGUGAUUCAUGUAAAGUAAAUAUUUCUUUUUGGAAGGAUGGUUGUUCUAAAAUUAAACCCAUUGGUAGUAGGUAAACCUGAUUUUUAUUUUAACUGGGUGUUUCUGCAGAUUUUUUCCCCUAAUAGUUCUUUGGAAAAUGAAUUUAGCUAAUUGAAAAAUAAUACGAUUGUAUUGAUUUGUUUAGAAAUAGUUUUACUUAACUGAAGGUUUUUUUUAUUUUCCUUGUACUUCCAGUGAAUGAAUUACAUUUUCUCUACUCACAACUCAAAUUCAGCAGUAAUUGGCUAGACAAUGUCACAAUAUUAUUAGGAAGAUGUCUCUUCAGAUUUUUCUGUUUCUUUGGUGUUUUUUAUCUCUGUAGUGCAUUAUUUGGCAUUUGUGUGCCUGUGUGAAGACUGUGUGUGUGGGAGAAGAUCUCUAGAGCUGAACUCCUUUCUGGUGUGAGGAAAAUGAAAAUCUGUGGAAUUAGUGGAACUGUUUGCCAUGUAUGCCUGAGUUUCUGUGUCCUGAUGGAGCUGCACUCCUCAGGGUGGGUGCAGUACCUGGAGCCUUAAGAACAACUGGCUGUGUAUGGUGGAUAAGUUAUUUUAACCAUGAAAACCAGGUGACACCAAACAGGAGAUCAGGAGAAGUGCCUGGGCUUUUAUAAUACUGGAAGGAACUGGGAUAGUGAAGGUGUGAACCUAAUGCUGCAAUAUUCAAAUUGAGCAGCAGAGAAUUAUUUUGAUGAGUGAAAAAAGGUGACAAAGGUGAUGCCUUUUCAUUUUUUACUGACAUCUACAGUGCAUUUCACCUUAGGGGCUAAGAUGGAGAUUAAAAUUCAGAGUUACUGAUGAGGUUAAGGAAAAUUUGCAUUUUCUUAGUGAAUGAUGGUUUACCAGUUCCUAUAGUAAAAUUUUAUUGUGCUUUAUUGGAUGUAAUGCCAAAGGGAACACCAGUUGAAAAGAAGAUGGAACCAACUCUUGGUGUUGGAUUAGAACAGAGACAUUUCACAGAGGGUUGUCUCACCUGGGUGCAUUCCCUGAGCAGUACGUGACAGUUCCAUGGCCAGGGUGGUAAGAAAGAACAAUUUGUUACUGCCAGAACUGCUGUGACAGCCCUGCUGUUUGCCAGCACUGCCCAGGACUGGCAGAGUUUGCAAUGUCAAUCAUUACAAGACUUUUGAAAGUAGCACAAGCACACCCAGUCUGGAAUUGUAAACUGCCAUCAAAGCAGUCUCUAUAAAGAUUGUAAAAAACCCCAACCCAAACCAGACAAAACCAAAAAAAAAAACCCCCAAACAUCCCACACCAAAACCAAAAUCAAGCCAAGCUCACCUACUGAGAUCCAAAAUACAGUUCUCCAGAAGAUCCAUGCUUUUGGAGUGGAGCUGCCAUCUGAAAUCAGGGACCAGGAUGGUGUCCCAAGGGGAUUUUGUCAGGAGUCUGUCCUGUUGCUGGCUGCUGGCCAGGGCUGAAGGAGCAUUCCCAGAUCCUCUCCUGUGCUCCCUGGGCUCAUUGUGGUUGGGGCAGAGCUCUGGGAGCUCUUGUGCCUCUCUAGGUUUAUGAAUUCAGUACCUUUCAAAUUCCUUGCCUAGAGAAAGGGUAGCUCUGGGGUUUUGUCUGGAGUGAGCUCCCAGCUCCUGUUGAGCUGCAGUGACAGGAGCAGAGUGGGGCAGUCACACCUCCAGUGCAGUGCAGUCCUUGGGCAGUGGUGCUGGAAAGGCCUUGGGGCUGCUGCAGGUGGGAUAAGUUUUCUUCAGCUGAGAAUGGCAGGAUUUAUUAGUUCCAUCACACCCUGAGCUUAGCACACUCUCAGGGUGGAAUCCAAAAGAGAGCAUUAAUUUUAAAAACGCUAUCUGAUUCACUUCGUAAAAGAAAAGCAAAUGUAAAUUUGUAAUUUCCUGAUUUUUGGGACCAAAGAUGAUUUUUAGUGUUGUACAGUAUAUACUUUCUAAAAAAUCUUGAGCUAUUAUUGCUCUGCAGAGACAUUAUUUACUAUUUGGAUUAUAUGGAAGGGAAAUAAAGUAGCUGUGAGAGACAACUACAUUUGAAAUAUUAAGAUACUUUGAUGUAUAUGUGGCUCAUUCCCCCUGAGUUAAUUUUACACAGUGUAUUGGAGAGGUACUGUUUUAAGGCUAUUAUCUAACUGCAGUCACACAAAUAAACCCUUAAGGAAGAAAACAGGGUAGAAAGUUUAAAUUUUUUUUUUACUUGCUUAGAAAAGUGACAUUAAAUUGCUUCUCUCUCAGUCUUGCUUGUAAUUGCCAGCACAUAGGGAUAAUUUCUUUUAGUCCUUAAGGGUGCUGUUAGCUCCAUAAAGGGACUCAAACCCCAAUGUAAACAGAACCAAAUUAGAGCAAACACUUGAACUUGGUAGGAGCAGGAUGCUUGAAACAGUAAUGGUUUGGAUGAGUCCCCUUUGGUCAAACAAGGCCCUUAGACCUGGAAUCUCUGUGUAUUUCUGUGUGUAGAAAUGACUAAAUUCUGCAGCUUAUGCCCAGACAUCAAAAUAUUAAACAGUAAGAUCUGACUGGAGCAGCAGCUUGGGAGUUGUUACACAGUGCUGGAAGAGUCUGUUUGCCUCUCACUGCCCAGGUGAGGUUUGUCCCACAUCCUUGUGCUGUGCAAAUGGCCCCAGCAGGAGCUCCUAAAGCCCCAGAGGAACUGAGUUAUGUGUCUGAGGAAAGCCAAUUCCUUCUUUCUCUCCACUUUUUCCUUUCAUUUGGAAUAUUUGUGCCUCAUAGAUCUGAUGCUUUAAUAUUUAAUUCUUGCUAAGCCUUGUUUGUUGGUCCAUGUAGUGUGUCUGCUGCAGUGCCAGGAAGAUCAGAACGUGUCCAGAUCCCUUUAUUUCAGCUCUGGUGCUCUUCCCUUUCCUGAUGUUUAGGAGGCUUGGGCUGGGUGGUCUUUCCCGUGGGACUGUGGGAAGCUGGUGUUGGUGUGAGAUUCCUGGUAGGAGCCAUGUGCUUAGAGCUUGGGAGGGGUAGGGAUUGAUCUCCCUGUGCCUUCUGAGAGACAGGCACUGAGCUGAUAUUUCAGCCUGUGUUGAUCACUGGAUUCAGGAGCACAGCAUCAGCAAAGAUCUGUGUCUUGGUAGCAGCUCAUCUUUCACUUACAAGGUGUCUUUGACAUGGGGUUUCAAUAAAAGGAGCAGCGUGUGUCGCUUCUUCACUGGCUUUGUCAUGAGUUGCACUCUGCGUCUCGUGGCACGGUCUGGACUUGUUUCACCUCUCUGUAUUUCAUUGCUGCUUCUAGAAAGAGGAGGGGAAGAUUCCCACUCUUCCCUGAGGUAAUAGUUUAUUUUUUCCCCCUGUGAAUUUUUCUGUCCCAUGUGCUGCUUGCCCCUCCCAGCAGAGCAGAAUUGGUGGUUCAUGGACACAGCAGGAGUGGAUCUGCUGCAGGCUGCACGGGGCUGGUCUGAGGCAGUGCACCACUAGCUUUUCAUGAGCUUUAAGGUCUCUAAAUGAGUUUGGUGUUUGGGACUGUUCUGCUGUUUUGGGGAUGUGGAGGCACAGCAGAUGCUUACCUAAUAUGUGGCUUUAUUAAUGCAAUCCUUUCUUCCUUCCUCUUCCUUAGCCUCUUUCUGUAUCUGUUAUUUUCUCGUCUCAUGACAACUUUGUAAUAAUUCUAUUGUUUUCUUUCGUGAGGGAAAAAAACUCACCAAAAAUCUAAAAUAACCAAGAAUGAUGUUUUUUAGGGCAUAGUUAAAAAAAAUGAAACCAAACUUAAUAGCAGUUCAGACAGUGUAGACAAUAAUAUCCUCUUUGCUGCUCAGCUGGGAUACUGAACAGCUUUGUCCAUGGAAGAACAUAAAGAACAGUUCUUGUCCUGAGAGCUCUGGAGCCAAAAAUCUUCAGCAGAUACUCGGGAUAAUAAAAAGGCACAGUCUGAUAAGGAAUUUGAGAUGUGAGGAGGACACUUGACAAUCCAGUGCUUUCAAAGGGAUACAUGGACAGUAAGAACCCAUAGUGGAGAGAUUGUGCACCCAUGGUGGUCCUGGUGAUCUCAGCAGCUCGGGGGGGCUGAGAGAGGGCUGGGAUUGUCCAGGCUCAGCUUCCAGCUGGCUCGGGGCUGCUCCAGAGGAGCUGCUCCAGAGGGGAUCCAGGCUCUGCUCAGUCCCACGGGAAGGAGUAAAGCCAACGUGUGGCACUUCUGAAAAUCAGGCACUUGGCUCACUUGUAGCGUGAAAUAAUGGAUUGUUUGUUGUCUGGAGGGCCAGCAAAGCUCAAAAUUACUGUGCAGAUAGAAGUGUCCUGUGUGUGGAUUUUAAUGGCAACAAAAGCAUUCUAAAAUGAUCCUGAAAUCAGUACAAAAACACACGGAAUGUUUGAAAAUACUUCAUAGAAAUUAUGCCGUGUCCCCUCUCUUUAUUUUGACAGAGGGAGUUGGUUAAAAUGAAUUUAUUCAAAUACUCAGGAAAUCUCUGAAUGACAUUUUAGAGGUUUUUUCCUGGUAUAUUAUUUUCCCUGUCAGCCACUUGGCCACCUUGAGAAAUCUGCUUGAUGAAGUCAGUGGUGCUGUCCAACCUGAAAGGGUUCCCUUGUUUUGGUCUUUUUUUUUGUGUUGUAUUUUUUAAAAUCUGUCUAUAAUUUAAACAUUUGUAUGCUAAAAGUAAUCUUUAAAAAAUCUGCUUACACUGUGAUUUCUGGUAGCCUUUAAUUUAGAGUAUACAACACAAUCUAAUUUUCUUUUGGGAUAUGCAGCUUUCAAAAGUGUUCUUAUAUAUGCCCAGAAAUGAAAGUUGUCUAUUUAUCAUAGGAAUGUGAUUAGAUAAAAUUACCUAUCCAGAAUCCCAGUGCAGCUCUUCUAUAUAUGUUGGAUGGAGGAGUUAAUGAAAUUGCCUUUUAAUCUCUAUGGGUUAAUAAAUAUUUUUUUAUAACUAGCCACAGAUAUUCCUUUUUAAAUUAUACUUGGCAAACAGAAGAUAUUUAAUUUUAUAUACAGUAUACAUAGUUACCUUGAUUGACAUAUUUAUAACAUAGAGCUUUGUGUUUACUACGAAGGUUUUAUCUGUAUCCCAUGGACUUCAUGGGUAAAACUUUAAAAAGCCAGUUAGCAUUUAUGGAAGGAUGUGGGAACUUUCUUCACGGCUUCAGAAUGAGGACAUAGGAGCGUUUAAAAAGGCAAUAGCCAGAUUGUUUUAACAGAGUAUCUGGGGGGGUUCUUAUUUUUUGAUUGGGGCUGGUCCCUACAGCUAUUUUAAUAACAUCUGGAUGUGAGUAACAGAAUGGAACUUGAGCAUCUGCCUCUUGUGACUGUCACAGGCUAUUGUCUAGAGCACAGGAAAUUUCAGGGUAUUGUAUUGUUUUGCUUUGGACAAAUGUCUCAAUAGACAUAUUUAAUUAAAACCUUCAUGUGUCUGAAAGAAAACAUCCUCUCUUAACUAGGCUGAUUUAUCACUUUUGGUAACCUUUUAAUCCCCAAAGUAGUGUUGUCUAAAUAUUUUUAGUGAUGUUACAGCUGUCCUGAUGUCUGCAGGUUAAAGUGGUCCUGGCUAGCACCCUUUUAUUACAACAAUUGGUACCUUCAUUUUUCUACUGUUUAUACUUUAAUCUUGAAUGUUUACUGGUUUCUAUUGUUGGAUCUUGUGGAGGGAGAGUGUCUUAGCACUACAGCUCAUCGAGCUUUAACUCAUACACCACAGUCCUGGCGUAAGAAAAUACUUUGAUUUAUAUAUUGUGGCCAAUUUAUUGCAUUUUAAAAUGAUUUCUAUACUUUAGACACAACAUUUAUGACAUAAUAGGACGAAUGACUUAGCUAAUCAUUAUAUCUGUCUAGACUUACUCUCUUCUGUGUUAGUGUCAUUUGAAACUGUUUGUAUAUGUUGAAGUUUGUAAGGGUUCAGGAACCCACAAUAAAAUAGUAAAGUAUGUAUUUAUUUCUCAUUAUAAUGCUCGAAUUUGAUUUGGAAGUUGACACUUUGUAUGUCUUUUCACAGAAUUGUAAACAAAUACCGAAAAACUGCUUCACCUAGGGUGCCUUCCAUGUGUGGUACAAACACUUGUCAUUCACAGGAAUAGAGAUGUAAAUUUAUUAAUCCAGUAAACACUAUUUUUGUAAUGUGAGUCACUAAUGCAGCUCUGGCCUCGUUGUGCUUUGUUCCCACCAACACCAGGUUUAUGGCUGCUGUGGUCACUGCCUUCCCUGCCUGUGUGCACUAAAUCUGACCCCUAGAGAAUCACAGAUUGUGUCUCCUUUGCUCUGCCCUCAGCUGCCACCUGAGCCUGGAGAUGAAGCACAUUUCUGGUGCUCCAGAUUUCCUUCCUUGAGCCUUGUGGAGGGAUGCUCAGUGUGGGAUGUCUGUAUCCUCAGGGCUGACUCUGGGUCCUCUAGACAGACUCUGCAGCCCAAUCCAAACAUUCCAAUUCUAGCUCAUCAUGCAUGAUUUACAGCUUCUGAGGAGGGAGCAUCCAGGCCUGACCAAAACACUUUGUCCCUCUGGGUUACAGUUGCUGUGUUGACAGGUUUGUAAUUGCAAACAGCUCAGAGGUAUUAUGGAAGUACCAGGUUAGAAUUCCAUUCAGGCUGAGCAAAGGGGAUGCAAUUUUCCUUUUAUCACAUGAGCACAAGUCUGUGUAAUCUCCUUGGUACUUUGCUUUUGAAGUAAAACCUGCAAUGUUCUGUCCUGGAGAAUCCUCGGAACAUCCUCUGUGUGCGAGUGCAGCACCUGACUGUUGUCCUUCCCUGGGCAGUGCCCCUCGCCUCGGGGGCUGCAGGCCAGGGCUCCACUGAUCACCAGGUCCUGCUGCAGGGCUGGAGGAGUAUCAGCAGCCAGCACACGUUCACCUGGAGACAGUUCCCAGCCCUGAAGGGUUUCCCAUUGUCCUGCUGAGUUCUGCAGUUCUCACAGAGCCCGGUGCUGCAGCAGCUGGUCCAAAGUGGUGCCUCCAGCUGGGAGCACCUUCCUGCUGUGCCCACAGCUGGAACUCACUGGUGGCAGAGCAGCAGCUGCCAGCUCUGGCUGGGAAAGGUGUCCUGGGAGUGCUUGACCAGGCUCAAAGGCAAGGUACUCUGCAAGAAAACACAACCUCCAGCUUGUUCCUGCACCAGUAACCAUCUUUCAGUUUGUUGUGUCCUUUCUUUUGGUGUCUGUGCUAAUCAAAAAACACAAGCUGAAGAAUUGUAAAGUCUUGCAAUACACAAAGCAGUCUUGGUUUUAAAAUCCAUUCUGUUGCAGCAUAAUUUAAAUGGUGUAUUUAUCAGUUUUAAAUGUCAUUUUGCUUUCCCAGUCUUUUGUAUAUGGGCACAAUACUUUUUGUACAUUUUUUUUUUAUUUAGUUGUCUUUCUGUCUUUUCUUUCUGGUAGUGGAAGAUUUGAGCUCUCUGGGUUUUCACGGUACUCUUCUGAUCAUUCUUCAUAGUGGUAAAAGUCUGUAUUUUUGUAUGUAGGAGAAAUGGUAGUUUUCUAACACUUAGCCCAAUCAAUAUAGUACGGAAUCAUUUGUGAAGGACUUCCUGUUUAAUAAAUGGACAUAUUAAAGUACUAAAA